GCGAUCGCGGGCCCGGAGCUCAGCGGUCGGCUGCCGGCGGCGGGAGAUUGCGGGCGAGCGGAACGCUACAUUCGCUUGGUUGCGGAGAUCGGCGCUCGGCCGGGUGAGCAUGAGCCUGGGAGAUGGCAGUGAUGGAAAUGGCCUGCCCAGGCGCCCCUGGCUCAGCAGUGGGGCAGCAGAAGGAACUCCCCAAAGCCAAAGAGAAGACGCUGCCACUGGAGAAGAAACAGAGCUCUGUCUACAAGCUUGAGGCUGUGGAGAAGAGCCCUGUGUUUUGUGGAAAAUGGGAGAUCCUGAACGACGUGAUUACCAAGGGCACAGCCAAGGAAGGAUCCGAGGCGGGGCCAGCUGCCAUCUCUAUCAUCGCCCAGGCUGAGUGCGAGAAUAGCCAAGAGUUCAGCCCCACCUUUUCAGAACGCAUUUUCAUCGCUGGGUCCAAACAGUACAGCCAGUCUGAGAGUCUUGAUCAGAUCCCCAACAAUGUGGCCCAUGCUACGGAGGGCAGAAUGGCCCAUGUGUGUUGGAAGGGAAAGCGUCGCAGCAAAGCCCGGAAGAAACGGAAGAAGAAGAGCUCAAAGUCCCUGGCUCAUGCAGGAGUGGCCUUGGCCAAACCCCUCCCCAGGACCCCUGAGCAGGAGAGCUGCACCAUCCCAGUGCAGGAGGAUGAGUCUCCACUCGGCGCCCCAUAUGUUAGAAACACCCCACAGUUCACCAAGCCUCUGAAGGAACCAGGCCUUGGCCAACUCUGUUUCAAGCAGCUUGGCGAGGGCCUGCGGCCGGCUCUGCCUCGAUCGGAACUCUACAAACUGAUCAGCCCCGUGCAGUGUCUGAGCCACGUGUGGAAACUGCACCACCCCCAGGACGGAGGCCCCGUGCCCCCACCCACACACCCCUUCCCUUAUAGCAGACUGCCCCAUCCCUUCCCAUUCCACCCUCUCCAGCCCUGGAAACCUCACGCCCUGGAGUCCUUCUUCCUGGGCAAACUGGCCUGUGUAGACAGCCAGCGACCCUUGCCUGGCCCACACCUGAGCAAACUGGCCUGUGUAGACAGCCGGAAUCCCCUACCUGGCCCACACCUGAGCAAACUGGCCUGUGUAGACAGCCAGAAGCCCCUGCCUGGCCCACACCUGGAGCCCAGCUGCCCAUCUCGCGGUGCCCACGAGAAGUUUUCUGUGGAGGAAUACCUGGUGCAUGCUCUGCAAGGCAGCGUGAGCUCAGGCCAGGCCCACAGCCUGACCAGCCUGGCCAAGACCUGGGCAGCAGGGGGCUCCAGGCCCCGAGAGCCCAGUCCCAAAACUGAGGACAGCGAGGGUGUCCUGCUCACUGAGAAACUCAAGCCAGUGGACUAUGAGUACCGAGAAGAAGUCCACUGGGCCACACAGCAACCCUGCCUGGGCAGAGGCUCCUUCGGAGAGGUGUACAGGAUGCAGGACAGGCAGACUGGCUUCCAGUGCGCUGUCAAAAAGGUUCGGCUGGAAGCAUUUCGGGCAGAGGAGCUGAUGGCAUGUGCAGGAUUGACCUCGCCCAGAAUUGUCCCUUUGUAUGGAGCUGUGAGGGAAGGACCUUGGGUCAACAUCUUCAUGGAGCUGCUGGAAGGUGGCUCUCUGGGCCAACUGGUCAAGGAACAGGGCCGUCUCCCGGAGGACCGGGCCCUCUACUACCUGGGCCAGGCCCUGGAGGGGCUGGAAUACCUCCACUCACGGAGGAUUCUGCAUGGGGACGUCAAAGCUGACAACGUGCUCCUGUCCAGCGAUGGGAGCCAUGCGGCCCUCUGUGACUUUGGCCAUGCUGUGCGUCUUCAACCCGAUGGCCUGGGGAAGUCCUUGCUCACAGGGGACUACAUUCCUGGCACAGAGACCCACAUGGCGCCAGAGGUGGUGCUGGGCAGGCGCUGCGGCGCCAAGGUGGACGUCUGGAGCAGUUGCUGCAUGAUGCUGCACAUGCUCAAUGGCUGCCAUCCCUGGACCCAGUUCUUCCGGGGGCCGCUCUGCCUCAAGAUUGCCAGCGAGCCCCCGCCUGUGAGGGAGAUCCCACCCUCCUGCGCCCCUCUCACAGCCCAGGCCCUCCAAGAGGGACUGAGGAAAGAGCCCAUCCACCGCGCAUCUGCGGCAGAGCUGGGAGGGAAGGUCAGCCGGGCACUACAGCAAGUGGGAGGUCUGAAGAGCCCUUGGAGGGGAGAAUACAAAGAACCAAGACAUCCACCGCCAAAUCAAGCCAAUUAUCACCAGACCCUCCAUGCACAGCCAAGGGAGCUUUCGCCAGGGGCCCCACGGCCCCAGCCAGCCGAGGAGACAACAGGCAGAGCCCCUGAGCUCCAGCCUCCUCUCCCACCAGAGCCCCCAGAGCCAAACAAGUCUCCUCCCUUCACUUUGAGCAAAGAGGAGUCUGGGAUGUGGGAACCCUUACCUCUGUCCUCCCUGGACCUGGCCCCUGCCAGAAACCCCAGCUCACCGGAGCGGAAAGCAACCUUCCCGGAGCAGGAGCUGCAGCAGCUGGAAAUAGAAUUAUUCCUGAACAGCCUGUCCCAGCCAUUUUCUCUGGAGGAGCAGGAACAAAUUCUCUCAUGCCUCAGCAUCGACAGCUUCUCCCUGUCAGAUGACAGCGAGAAGAACCCAUCAAAGGCCUCUCAGAGCUCGCGGGACACCCUGAGCUCAGGCGUACACUCCUGGAGCAGCCAGGCGGAGGCUCGAAGCUCCAGCUGGAACAUGGUGCUGGCCCGGGGGCGGUCCACCGACACCCCAAGCUAUUUCAAUGGUGUGAAAAUCCAAAUACAGUCUCUCAAUGGUGAACACCUGCACAUCCGGGAGUUCCACCGAGUCAAGGUGGGAGACAUCGCCACUGGCAUCAGCAGCCAGAUCCCAGCCGCAGCCUUCAGCUUGGUGACCAAAGACGGGCAGCCUGUUCGCUACGACAUGGAGGUGCCAGACUCGGGCAUCGACCUGCAGUGCACGCUGGCCCCCGACGGCAGCUUUGCCUGGAGCUGGAGGGUCAAGCAUGGCCAGCUGGAGAACAGGCCCUAGCCCUGCCCUCCGCCGCCAGCUCCACGCUGCCGGAAGCAGCCUUCCUGCUCGGUGCACGAUGCUGCCCUGAAUCACAGGCUCAGCCACUCCCAGGGAUCUGCCAACCCCUGGCUCAGCAGUGGGACCAAAAGCUGGCAGCAGCAAGGUGGGGGUGAGCAGAAUGCCUCCCAGGAUUUCCCACCUGAGUCCUGCCCCACCCUGCUGGGAAGACACUCUGUCUGCCACGUGAGGAGACAAAGGAGGCUGGCAGGAGUUCCCUUGGGGAACAAACAGGAUCUUCUCUGCCCUGCCCUAGUCGAGUUGGCCUGACCCGCUUGGAUCAGUGACCAUUUGCUGGCAGGCAGGAGGGCAGCUUCCAGCCUGGGUCAGAAGGGGUGGGCGAGCCCCUCAGCCCCUCACCCUCCAGGCUGGCGUGAGGGUGUUGAGUGUGUAAGGGUUCACACUGAGGUUCAGUGCAGAACCAGGGCAGAAGGUAUGCCCACCUGUACGUUAAGGGGCCCUCUUGACCCCCUUGCCUGGCCUCACCUGGCCAGCUCACCCCUUUUGGGUGUAGAGGAAUGCGUGACCCUGGGAAGGCUCCCUGGUAGAAUACAUCGCAGUUCCAGGUUGUGGCAACACAGGUUCUGAGUUGACCUCUGGUUCAGCCAAGGGCCAAAGCAGCUGUGUUAGUGACACGGUUCUCAGUCCCGAACACGUGCCCCUGUGCUGCUGGCUACCAGACCGCCCCAGAGCAGCAGCAGAGCCCCUGCAGGCCUGGUACUGCCCUGACUCGCUGGCGCUGCGUUCCCUCAUCUGUAAAGGUAAAAAAAGGUGAUAGGAUGCGCCUGAUGGGAGCGGUCUGCAGAUGGACAUGAUCAGUGCUGAAGAAAGCAGACCAGACACUCCGGUCAGUCUCCAGAGUGCCGGUCCCCCAGAGCACAGCUCAGCAUCACACUGGCAUUCACCCUGCCCUGCCCCUGGCCGGAGGGUACUGCCAAUGGCACUUUGCACUCUGAUGACCUCAAAGCACUUUCAUGGCUGCCCUCUGGCAGGAGAGGCAGUGGCUCUGCCACAGCACCGCAGGCCAGGAGGUGGGGUGAAGGGAUACAGUCUUGAGUUGUCCACAUGCAUGUGACCCCUCAAACCUCCUCCAGAUUUGUCUAAGCAUAGCACCCCUUCCCCAUUGCCCCAGCUUAGCCUCUUCUCCAGGGCAGCUGCUCAGGACUCACGUAGCAUUAAAUCAGCUGUGAAUCGUUAGGGGGUGUCUGCUUGCCUCAACCCCCUGGGGCAGGGACACUGAGACUCCUUGGGAGGCUCAUCCCCACGUCUUGCCAAGGCAGCCACAUCCAGCCAGACUGCUCCCGGGGAGAGAGCCCGGCCCCAGCACAUGAAGAACUGCAGCCUUGGUACUGCAGAGUGUGGGUGUAGAGAACUCUUUGUGAGCAAUAAAGUUUGGGGUGAUAACAGAUGUUUCCAG